UGCCGUCCUGCCGCCACACUCCGCUCUCCCAGCCCCGGCGCCGCUGUCCCAGUUUAACUCCGACUUAUCGGGCGGCCGGAGGAACGCUGUGUGCUUGAGACCCCCAGGUUGUCACAUCUGGCACUGGAGAUGACAGCCAUGGUGGCUUUCCUGCUCCUGAGCCUUCUGAGGAUGGCGGCUCCCAAAGGCGUGUGGUGCCCAUCCUGCGGGCUGGCCGACCUGGCCCCCAGCGUGCAGCGGGACGUCCUCAUCGCGCUGGCCAAGCAGAGCAUCCUCUCCAAGCUCCAUCUGCCGGACAAGCCCAACAUCACGCAGCCCACGUCCAGACGGGCCCCGCUGACCGCUCUCCGCAGGCUGCGUGUGCAGCGCACCGACACGGCCGCCCCGCCGGGGAUGCCCCGUGAUGGCCACGUCCUACGUCCCGGGGUGGGCGUGCAGGAAUACGAGAUCUUGAGCUUUGCUGAGGCAGGGUCCUUCACCUCCCGCAGCGUUCGCCUGCAUUUCCGCUUCACUCGGGAGCUGGCUGGGAGUACCGAAAUCCUCCAAGCCACCCUCUACCUGUUCUGGGUGGCCCGCGGCCCUGGGACGCGUCCUGUCACUGUCAGACUCUUGCAGUCAGAUCCAACGGGGCUCAACGUGACGGUGGCCAACGAGACACAGCUGGAGGUGCCGAGGGCUGGCUGGGCCACGCUGGACGUGGGCCGGGCCAUCCAGAGCCUCUUUGGCCGAGGGAGCCAAAGGCUCACGGUGGAGCUGGAGAUGCUGGAGGACUGGGGGGCUCCCCUCCUGCUUGGCCACAGUGAUUCCCACUGGCCAUUUGUGGCAGCCCGGGCGCGGGACAGGAUGCCCCACCGAGUGCAGCGGCGCGGCAUCGAUUGCGGCGCGGACUCUCGGAUGUGCUGCCGCAAGGAAUUCUUCGUGGACUUCAAGGAGAUCGGCUGGGAGGACUGGAUCAUCCAGCCGGAGGGAUAUCACAUGAACUACUGCGCGGGCCUCUGCCCCCUGCACAUGGCUGGCAUCCCCGGCCUCGCCGCCUCCUUCCACACAGCCGUCCUCAACCUCAUCAAAGCCAACAACGCGGACGCGGCCGUGGACUCCUGCUGCGUCCCCACGCAGCGUCGCCCCCUCUCUCUGCUCUACUAUGACCGCGACAGCAACAUCGUCAAGACCGACAUCCCCGACAUGAUUGUGGAUGCCUGCGGUUGUACCUGACCGGCUCCCCUCCUCCCGGCCCCGCUCUGGCAGUGCGAGACCUGGCAAGCUGCUGAGAGAUGGGAACCCUGCCGAGGUGUUUUCUCCUCCUGAGGAUGAAGUAUCAAGGGUGAUGCUGACUCUGCAAGUCCUCUCCUCCCUCCCGGCUCUUUCCCCCCUUCAGAUCUGCCCAUGGAUUCCUCUCUGCUCAUGAGCCACAGGCUCGGAGACGCAUUCCUGAUGGACGCCAGACCCUCUACCUGCAGAGCAUGACUUCCCGGGCAUGUCCGGGCAGCACCAGCUCGCCCGGCCGCUGGUCCCAGGAACAUGUGCUCUUCAGGUAAUGGGUUCCAGCAGCGGCCACAUCAGGGUGCUGGGGAGACAGGAGCUGAAAAGAUGCUGGGGGUGGGGAGGUGUCGUGGUUUCACCCGAGCUGGCAAUACAACCACGCAGCCACUCACUCACCCCUCACACACUCCCCCAGUAGGGGAGAGAACCAAAAGGGAAGGGAGAAACUUGGAUUAAGAUCAACACAGCUUAAUAAAAUAACAAAAUACUAAUACGCUACUAGUAAAUAUAUAUAUAAAAUAGAAAUAAAAGAUGCACAAUGCAAUUCCCUAUGAACUCUGGCCACAACUGAGCAGCCGGUCCCAGCAAACCACACGUGGCCCAAAGAGCCGAUCCCAGAGAGAGAAAACAGUGGAGAAAGGCAGAAAGGCUCAGAGGCCUCUGCAAAAUGGUAAAAGCC